CCGCCGCCGCGCCGUGCCGCUCUCCCCCCAUCACAUCCAUAUCCAACAGGAGAGCUCAGCUCAGCUCAAGCAGCCGACCGACGAACAAGGAAGGCCAGAAGAAGAAGAUGGCGCACAUGCGCGUGGUGCACCGGGACGAGGAGGGCCACAAGGUGGCGGAAAAGGUGCCGGUGCCGGAGACGAGGCGCGCGGACACGGCGAGGCACGUGGAGCGCAAGCUGGAGGAGCAGGGGCUGCACCGGCUGGAGCGCCACCCGGCCAACGCGCCCCGGGGCGUCGGCAUCGGCGCGCCCCCGCCCAAGUCUGGCCGCGGCGGCAAGUACACCUGGGAGGGCCCCGAGGGGCUCGUGGACAGCCAGCUCGACCCCGCGCCCGCCGCCAUCGACCGCAACGACCCCAACUACGACGAGGAGGAGGAAGGCGGGGCGCGGGACGAGGCGGUCGUCGGGGAGGUGGAGGUCGCCAAGGUCGCCCAGGCCCGGGCCGGCGUCGCCAGGGUCGAGGUCGCGCCGCCGCUGCUUAAGGAGCAGCAGCAGUAGGAGCUGAUCGUCUGUAUGCGUGUGCGCAAUACCAUGCAUGUGUGUAACAAAAGUUAAAUAAUAAUCAAGCCUGGAAGUGGAUCAGUUAACCUC